AUGGCCUUGUCGUUUUGCGGCAACGACCACGACUCGGACGGCUACAGCGUGGACGACGGCGUUCUCAACAACGGCUGCUUUGUGGACGCCCUCAACCUGGUGCCUCAUGUCUUCCUCCUCUUUAUCACGUUCCCCAUCCUCUUCAUUGGAUGGGGCAGCCAGAGCUCCAAAGUGCAAAUCCAUCACAACACGUGGCUCCAUUUCCCGGGCCACAACCUGAGGUGGAUCCUCACCUUCUCGCUGCUCUUCGUUCACGUCUGCGAGUUUGCCGAGGGACUGGUGUCCAACAAGAUGAUGGACACCAACCACCUGCACUUGUUCAUGCCCGCUUUCAUGGGCUUCGUGGCGGCCACCACGUCGGUCGUCUAUUACCACAACAUUGAGACCUCCAACUUCCCGAAACUUCUACUCGUGCUGUUCAUCUACUGGGUGCUGGCCUUCAUCACCAAAUGCAUCAAGCUGUGGAAGUUCACCACGCACCACGUGAGCCCGCUGCAGCUGAGGUUCUGCAUCACGGCGCUGCUGGUGCUUCUGUACGGCCUGCUAAUGGCCGUCGAAAUCAACGUGAUCAGGAUCAGGAAGUACGUCUUCUUCGCCAACCCUCAGAAGGUGAAGCCGCCCGAGGACUUGCAGGAUCUGGGGGUCCGUUUCCUGCAGCCCUUUGUCAACCUUCUGUCAAAGGCGACAUAUUGGUGGAUGAACCCGCUGAUCAUCGGUGCCCACAAGAGACCCAUCGAGCUGAAGAAGAUCGGUAAGCUGCCCAUCGCCAUGCGGGCUUUGACCAACUACUUGCGACUCAAAGACGCCUACGAGGACCAGAGGAACCCGGAGAGGGCACCGUCCAUCUGGCGCUCCAUGUACCGAGCGUUCGGGCGACCCAUCCUGCUCAGCAGCACCUUCCGCUACUUGGCCGACGUGCUGGGCUUCGCCGGGCCGCUUUGCAUCCUGGGCAUCGUCAAGAACCUGACGCUGGAAGAAGACGGAGGCUCCGCUUCUGAGAAGUACUUUGGCGUCCACUUCAUGCUGUCCACCGAGCUGCUUCAGAACCCCUCUGUUUUGGCCGUGCUGCUUUUCCUGGCAUUGGUGCUGCAAAGAACCUUCCUGCAGGCUUCCUAUUACGUCACUAUAGAAACGGGCAUUAACCUAAGGGGAGCCCUAUUGGCGAUGAUUUACAACAAGAUCCUGCGUCUGUCCACGUCCAACAUGUCCAUGGGCGAGAUGACGCUGGGCCAGAUCAACAACCUGGUCGCCAUAGAAACCAAUCAGCUCAUGUGGUUUCUCUUCCUCUGCCCCAACCUUUGGGCCAUGCCUGUGCAGAUUGUGGUGGGAGUCAUUCUACUGUACGACCUGCUGGGCUGGAGCGCUUUAGUCGGAGCUUCCGUCAUCGUUCUUCUGGCUCCGGUCCAGUACCUCAUUGCCACCAAGUUGGCCAACAUGCAGAAGAGCACCCUGGAACACUCCACCGAUCGCUUGAAGAAGACCUCGGAGAUCCUGAAGGGCAUCAAGCUGCUGAAGCUGUACGCGUGGGAGAACAUCUUCUGCGACAGCGUGGAGGAGACACGAGGCAAAGAGCUCAACAGCCUCAAGACCUUCGCCUUCUACACGUCCAUGUCCAUCUUCAUGAACGCCGCCAUUCCCAUCGCCGCUGUCCUGGUGACCUUCGUCAUGCAUAACUUCAUGACGGACGCCGAAUUGUGCCCCGCGAAGGCCUUUGCCACACUGGCGCUCUUCAACAUCCUGGUCACGCCGCUAUUCCUGCUCUCUACCGUCGUCAGGUUCGCCGUCAAGGCGCUCGUCAGUGUCCAGAAGCUGGGCGAGUUCCUCCAGAGCGACGAGAUCGGAGAUGACAGCUGGAGGAACGGAGACGUGCCGGUGCCCUCGGAGGCAGCCGAGACGCGUCCCGGGGCGACCAAAGCCGUCAGCAGGAAGCAGCCCCGACGCUACCAGAUGGACUCCUACGAGCAGCCGUCCAAGCGGCAGAUGAGACCCAGUGAGACGGAGGACGUGGCCGUCAAGGUGAGCAACGGAUGUUUCACCUGGGGAAGCAACCUGUCCUUGCUGACCGAUAUCAACAUCCGCAUCCCCACAGGACAGUUGACCAUGAUCGUGGGCCAGGUGGGCUGCGGGAAGUCGUCGCUGCUUCUCGCCAUGCUGGGCGAGAUGCAGAGCAUCAGCGGCCGUGUCCACUGGAGCAACAAGAACCGCUACUCCGUGGCCUACGCGACCCAAAAGUCGUGGCUUCUCAACGCGACCGUGGAAGACAACAUCACCUUCGGGAGCCCCUUCAACAAACAGAGGUACAAGGCGGUGAUCGACGCCUGCUCUCUCCAACUGGAUAUCGACCUGCUUCCCUUCGGAGACCAAACGGAGAUCGGCGAGCGAGGCAUCAACCUGAGCGGCGGGCAGCGUCAGAGGAUCUGCGUGGCUCGAGCGCUCUACCAGAACACCAACAUCGUCUUCCUGGACGACCCCUUCUCCGCACUGGACAUCCAUUUGAGCGACCACCUGAUGCAGGACGGCAUCCUCAAGUUCCUGCAGGAUGACAAGAGAACCGUGGUUUUAGUAACGCAUAAGCUGCAGUAUCUCAUCCAUGCCGACUGGAUUAUUGCCAUGAAGGACGGCACGGUCCUGAGAGAAGGAACUCUGAAGGACAUUCAGACGCAUGACGUGGAGCUCUACGACCACUGGAAGACGCUCAUGAACCGGCAGGACCAGGAGUUGGAGAAGGACAUUGAGCAGGACAGCCAAACCACACUGGAGCGGAAGACCCUCCGUCGAGCGUUCUAUCCCAGAGAAGCCAAAAACCAGGUGGAUGAUGAAGAUGAAGAGGAGGAAGAGGAGGAGGAAGAUGACGACAACUUGUCCACCACCACAAACAGAAGGUCCAAGGUCCCCUGGAAGGUCUGCUGGUGCUACCUAUCCUCCGGUGGCUUCUUCAUGGUCUUCCUCAUGAUGUCCUGUAAGCUCCUCAAGCACUCGGUCAUCGUGGCCAUCGACUACUGGCUCGCCAUCUGGACCUCCAACCACACCAACGUGACCAUGGUGAAGGGACCCAACGGAACGUGCGAGGUCUACCCUGCGAUCAGCAGCUACACUGACUUCUUUAAUCUGAUGGUGUUUGUGGUUCUGUGUGCGGCCGGGAUCACGCUGUGCCUCAUCACCUCGCUGACCGUGGAGUUCUUGGGGCUUUCUGCGGCCACCAACCUUCACCAUAACCUGCUCAACAAGAUUAUCCACGCCCCCCUCAGAUUUUUUGACAUCACCCCAUUGGGUCAGAUCCUCAACAGGUUCUCGGCAGAUACGAACAUCAUUGACCAGCAUAUUCCUCCUACUCUGGAGUCUUUGACCCGAUCCACCUUGCUUUGCUUGUCCGCCAUCGGGGUCAUUUCCGUGAUCACGCCCUACUUCAUCGUCGCUCUGGUCCCCCUGGCCGUGGCCUUCUACUUCAUACAGAAAUACUUCCGGGUGGCCUCCAAAGACCUUCAGGACCUGGACGACUCAACGCAACUCCCUCUGCUGUGUCACUUCUCCGAAACGGCUGAAGGUCUCACCACCAUCAGAGCCUUUAGACACGAGGCUCGCUUCAAGCAGCGCAUGUUGGAGCUGACCGACACCAACAACACGGCCUAUUUGUUCCUCUCGGCCGCCAACCGCUGGCUGGAGGUCCGCACGGACUAUCUGGGCGCCGUCAUCGUGCUGGCCGCGGCCGGGGCGUCCAUUUGGGGUUUAGAUUGCGGUAAACCCUCCGGAGGGAUGGUAGGCCUGGCCCUCACCUAUGCACUUACGGUCACCAACUACUUGAACUGGGUGGUAAGGAAUUUGGCGGACUUGGAGGUGCAGAUGGCGGCGGUGAAAAAAGUCAACAGCUUCCUGAGUACGGAGUCAGAGAACUACGAGGGAUCCAUGGAUUCUUCUCAGGUGCCAGAGAAGUGGCCUAAGGAUGGAGAGAUCAAGAUCCAGGACUUGUGCGUGCGUUACGACCAAAUGCUCAAGCCCGUGCUCAAGCACGUCAACGCUUUCAUCCAGCCGGGUCAGAAGGUUGGAAUCUGUGGCCGUACGGGAAGCGGCAAGUCCUCGCUGUCUUUAGCCUUCUUCAACAUGGUGGACAUAUUUGAAGGCAAGAUCGUCAUCGACGGUAUCGACAUCUGCAAACUUCCCCUCCAGACGCUGCGGUCUCGGCUGUCCAUCAUCCUGCAGGACCCCAUCUUGUUUAGUGGCUCCAUAAGGUUCAAUCUGGAUCCGGAGCGGACGUGCAACGACGAGCGGCUGUGGGAGGCGCUGGAGAUCGCUCAGCUGAAGAAUAUGGUCAAGGCGCUACCGGGAGGACUGGAUGCGGCGGUGACGGAGGGCGGCGAGAACUUCAGUGUGGGUCAACGGCAGCUCUUUUGUUUAGCUCGGGCCUUUGUGCGCAAGAGCAGCAUCCUCAUCAUGGACGAGGCCACCGCCUCCAUCGACAUGGCGACGGAGAACAUCCUGCAGAAAGUUGUGAUGACGGCGUUUGCGGACCGGACGGUUGUCACCAUUGCUCACCGCGUGCACACCAUACUCACGGCCGACCUGGUCAUCGUCAUGAAGCGCGGAAACAUCCUGGAGUACGACAAGCCCGAGACGCUCCUGGAGCAGGAGGACGGCAUGUUCGCCUCCUUCGUCAAGGCCGACAUGUAG